AUGCCGACCGCCCACAUCAACAGGUUCGCCGGAACAAACUUCCAUACGUGGAAGUUUGAGAUGCAGAUGGUGCUGGAGGAGGGAGACCUGUGGGAUGUCGUGAGUGGGGAGGUGAAGCUUGAGCACUGCGUGUCGACAUUGGGCCAAUAA